GUUGAAACGUCGUGUACAGUCGGAGCUGUCAACACAGAACAGGGAGAAGCUGCAAUGGUUUCUGUUUUCAUGCACAAAUCUCUUCGUCUGGACAUCGAACUAACUAACCCAAACAAUACCGUCUGAAGGCCACGUGAGAGACAUGAGCGGUACAGUUCGCCAGAUUACUAUAAACGCUGAUCCAGGAAUCCCCUACUUCCUGCGAGUGGACUGGGCCGUAGACCUCGGUGCUGGGUUCACGUUAGCUCUCACUGACGGCAGCUCAGCGUGGAUCGGAGAAGUUUCAGAGGAUGAGGUGACAAGGGACGCCAGCGAUAUGGGAGUCCCAAGGGAGAGACAUGUCGAGGAUCUUCUUCAAGUUCUAACAAAAGGUGAAGAAGGAAGAGGAGGAAAAGGAGUGAGAGGAGCUGAUAAGGCGGUGUAUUCCUUCAAUCUCACUCCAGAUCACAGUCGCCUCUCGUAUCAGAGGAGCUGCAGCGGCAUUUCGUUGCACUUGGGCUCGGUGGAGCUCCAGCCAUCUCCAUACCCUCUAGAGCUGAUCCGGGAGAUGAUAGGCCAGUCCCUAAAGUGCAGCACGGACCGGGAGGUGGAAAACUCCCAGUUGUUGGAGGUGAACCGUAGACUGAAACAGGAUCACCAGCGAAUACUCAAAGAGCUGCAGCAGCAGGUUCGGGAUAAGGAAACGUUUGAGAAGGAACUGUACUCACGAUUUGUCAUGGUGCUUAAUGAGAAGAAAGCCAAGAUCAGAGGCCUGCAGGACACUGUCCGCCAGCUCCAACAGACCCAGACUGAUGACCAGCAGACAGAUGAGGACGGGGCUCAAAGUGACAAUGAUGCAACUGAGAGAGACGAUGGCAGUCUCGACAGAAGGGAGGAGACAGAUGAGAGUAUCCGUCCAUCUCAGGAGUCAACAAUCCUCAUCACAGGUCGUAACCUGGUGUGGCAGGGCAUUCCAAUGGACCGAACAUUUUCCGAUGAUGAAGACGAACAACCGAGGCCGAAGCGUGCGUUACUUCACGCCCCAACUCCAGAGUCUUCUGAAGAUCAAUAAAAAUGCAGCUUUAGGUCCUGAGGUCAUCGCAGUGUGUCUUCACACUGACAGUAAUGAACCUACGGAGACCUGUCCAGGGUCUUUAUUUGACCAUUCUACCUUUGACUUCUGGACCUUCUUGCCGUCUUUUAUCAUUUUGAUGAUAUCUUUAUGUCUGCUGAAGACCACGGGUGGCCGCCAGGAUAAUCCCACAACACGUUCUCGCUGGUUUAGUAAUCCCCACAGGAAUGUCACACUCUCUCCUCCAUACAUUGCGUCAAUAAAAUAAAGACGUGCCUGAGCGUAAAUUAUAGAAGAGUGAAACCUGCUGUGAAACAUUAAGUAAAAUGGGUUGGAUAUGAGUACACUGAAUAUUUCUGUUGUUUCAUUCAUAACUCGUAUUUAAUUUCGAAUAUUGUGGCCAUAUCUGAUUUGUUUAUUGUGUUUUUGAAUUAGUGAAUCAGAUUUUACAUUUUAAAAUAAAUAUUUAAAUUCACAUUGUGAAUUAUUCCCUAUAAUUUUUUUAACUUUGGUUGGUUUUCAAUUAACUGUAGUUAGUUAUUUAUUCACCCAAGCUUCAUACAGUUACUGGAGCUAUUUCUUUAUUUAUAUAUAUGUAUUUUUCUAUCACUUGUGUUUUUUUCACUUAUCCUGCCGCUGUAACACUUCGGAGAAGAUAAAGUUUUAUCUUAUUGUGACAACUCAAGACAUCUUACACUUAAACUUGCAGGCAUGACUUGAUUAAACAUUUGAUGCUGCAAGA